AUGCUAUUCAAGGAAAAUCUAUCUGAUUUUAGUCAAGGCAAUAAAUCUGUGCUCAACAUGUUUACUCGUCGUACUAGUUCAGAUGAAUCUGAAAUAUCAGAAUCUCUUGUUAAUAUGAAAUCGGCGUUUCGUGUGAGUGUAUGCCUGCAGCGGUAUUUUAAAGAUGUUCGGAGCAGGUGCUACUUAUUAGUAACUCGUAAUCGUCCAGUUCGCUGGUUAGAAAAACGAAUACAAAAAGUAUUUACUUUACCUGGGAAUUUUUGUCUCAUUACGAACGGACACAUGCUACCAUCAUCUGAGCCCUUGGCUCUGCUGAAUCCUGACGAUUUCAUUGAAGUCAUACCAUUACCUGAAGUCAACGAAAGUGCACACAAUAGAGAUUCAGAAAAAAAUAAAUACAAUGUGGAUCCCCACAGUAAAUCUUAUAGUCAAUAUAAAACAGAUCUAUCGGGUAAAUGGAAUACAUGUUCAGAGAAUUUUACAUCUGACAAUAAACUUCAAAAUAUUGAAGCUAAUGGUGAACAUACUUUAAAAGCUAUCAGUGAAGAUCACAUAGAUAGUGUAGAAACAUCAAAAGCCAUCGCAGGAAAAAACACAACAGUUAAUGUCACUGGUGCAGAAAGUUUGAACAACAUUGAGGAAGCUGAUGAUAGUACUCAAUCCUUGUGGAACUUGAAACGCAAGGCCCUUGCAAUAUUAGACUCUAAAAUAAGUACAGACAAAGAUGAAAGAGAGACGGAAGAAGGUUCAUGCGACCCUCCGCGCCGCACUCGCCGCCGCGUGCGUCACCGCCGCCGACGCGCUGCUGAGCCAGAACAGGAUUCCACAGAACAUAUGGAAUACGAGUCUUUUUCUUUACAGGAACAACAAGUUCUGCCGAUAAACACGCCAAUCUCGGUGCCUGGUUUAGUAGAGUCUUUAUCUGCAGUAGAUGCAAAACCUAGAUUACAGGAACCUAUUUUACCAAAAGUGUCUGGAUCGAGCAAGGAACCAGAACGGGAUGCAGUUGUAUCCCAGUUGCUUCUCCAAGAAGUGACACGUAAUGAAACAACACAUUCACGUAAGCCUCGUGUCGUGCACUCUUUGAAUGAG